AUGACAUCGUCUACUAUUAGUAAGGAUACUACCACAGAUAACAACCACACUUUUCAAGACACUAUUCCACAUUCGAUGAUAUCUUGCGAAAAUAAUAAUAUUAAUAGUAAUAAAUCAAGUGCAGGAAAUUAUCAAGUGGCAACACCAAAAUCGCCUCAUGAUUUAAUUACACUGUCAUCGACUGAUGAUCACGAUGAUCUCAUGACAGAUUGUUUUAGAUCUGAUUAUAUUCCUUUGGAUACUAGAGAAGGAAGAAGAGACUCUUUGAUGACAAGAGAUAGUGAAGAUAUUGAAAGAUUAAAAUAUAAUUCCAUUAAGAGUGAAUUACUAGAUAUAGUAAAUUUACAUUGUCUUUUAUCACAUAAAGAAAUGGAUAAUAUUAAGGAUGAAAUUAAUAAAAUUAAUGCUCAAAUGGAUUUAAUAAAACAUUUACACAAUGAUAAAUCACUAUUUGAGAAAAUUGAUAAAUAUAAACAAGAAAAGAUUGAAAUAAAUAAAAAAAUAUUACAUGCAAGAAGUCUACAAGAAAAAUGGCAAGAUCAUGUAUUCCCAUCAAGAUCUUUACAAUUCAAUAUGAGUGGUUCUAUACAUAUACCUAAACAUCAUUAUCAAACAAGAAGUAAAAGUCAUGGAAAUCUUUUAGAUACCGAAUUAUUUGAACCUGAAGAUGAUUCUAUAUUAAAUGAAAGAUCAAGUAAACGUCAAAAGAUAACAGAUAUACAAGAUUCAAAUAAGAGUGUCCCAAAAAGUGGUAAAAAGACUACUAAGAAAAAUGGAUUCGAAAUAUAUAAAUUCACUCCUAAUCAAAUGAAUACUCAUCAUAGAAGAGUAUAUUCAACUUCGUGUUUAUCAAAUAAUAGUGGGAUAAUUGGUCAAACAGAAGCAAAUGAACCAAUAUUUAGAAGAUACGACGGUAUACUAGUAAUUAUAACUUGCAGUUUUUGCAAUCGUGCCAAUUUUACUUCUGCACAAGGUAUUGUUAACCAUACUCGUUUAAAACAUCAUAAAACAUAUUCAAGCCAACCUUUAACUGUUCUUUUCAAUCAGAAAUUAUUACCAGAUGAUAAACAGGAUUCUGAAAUUUUAACCAAAUUUAAAAAACUGAAUCUUGAUCCAAAUAAAGAUUAUUUACCAUAUAAUAUUGCAAUACCCACAAUGGAUACAGCGCCUAAAAUGGGUUCAUCUAAAAUCGCUCAUCUAACUGAUCAUCUAAGUAUAGAAAAGGGGAAAAAAAUAGAAAAGAAACAAGUUCAAAUUGAACCACCUAAAAAAAUGGAAGUAACUCACCUUAAAACAUUAUACAAACAAAAUGAUCUCGAUGAACUAGUUAAUAUGGUUGAUGAAUCAAGAAAAGAUCUUCAAGUAAUUUUGGAUCAACCUAGCGACGCUGAUGAAGAAUCAGAAGAAGAGGAAAAAAUUGUCCAAGAUGAUCCUUCAAAGGAUGAAGAUUACGUUAGCGAUGGAAUUCCAAAAAAUGAUUCUGACGGAUCAGAUUAUGAUAAUAAUAGUGACAUGGAAGGUGAGAACAAAGAAUCAUCAUUUUCACCUGCAUCAUCGCCUAUUGCAUCAGACCUGGAAUCAACCACACCAGCUCAUUUACUAGAAAAUAAAUCACCACCACGGUCAACUAGAGUAAGAAACUUAAGAAAAGUAAAUAUGGUAGAACAGCCAAUUGAUGAUAUGCAUAACAGAUUACGUAGUAAAGUUACAAGAGACUCAAUAGUCGAGGAUAAUGAUAUAACCAGAAGACUAAGAAAUGCUGACGCUAGCCAUGUAAAUAAAUUUGAGCAAAAUGAUAUUCCUCCUCUGGGGGAUGAAAGAAGCUCCGGACAUUAUAAUUUAAGGUUGAGAUCAAAUCUUCGUCAGACCAGUAGAUAA